AUGGCACCAUCAUUGUCACUGAACUGGAAGGCUCUCCAGUCUAAGUUGGGAGGUGCAUCUAAAAAUGCUAAGGUAACUAAGCCUGCUAUUAAGAAGGUAAAGGCUACUGCCAAAGUCAUCCCUACUACUAAAACUGUACCACCAGUAGCCGUUGUUUCCACUCCAGAAGUGACAGUUAACAGAGAGGGUUCAGCAAUAGAGCUGGCCCUUUGGAACAACGAGAGAGAAGUGACCGCUGAGGAUAUCAAAACUGCUCCACUUAGACAAGGAAGAAAUGACGGACGAAAACGAGAUUCAGGUAAAUAUCUUGCAAUGGAUUGUGAGUUUGUUGGUAUUGGUGCUGAAGGGAAAGAAUCAGCCCUUGCACGUAUCUCUAUUGUUAACUUCUAUGGACACGUUGUCUUUGACAAGUUUGUCAAACCAAAGGAAAAGGUUGUAGAUUGGCGUACAUGGGUUAGUGGGGUCACACCUAAGCAUAUGAAUGAUGCCAUAACUUUUGAAGAGGCACAGAACACAGCAGCAGACUUGUUGAAUAACAAGAUCUUGGUAGGACAUGCUAUUAGUCACGAUUUGGAUGCGCUUCUCUUGUCGCAUCCUCGUUAUUUGAUUAGAGACACAUCUAGUUAUAAACCAUUUAGAGAAAUCGCCAAGGGAAGAACUCCAAGUUUGAAGAACUUGUCACUGCAUUUCCUAAAAGUAGACAUUCAAGGAGGGUCCCAUUCAUCUGUCGAAGAUGCAAGAGCUACAAUGUUGCUCUUCCGCUUAUACAAAAAGGAUUUUGAAGAGUCCAUGAGACCACACUUUAGAAAGUAA